GACACUUGGGCGAUUAGAGUGCGAGUCGACUGCAACAUCAUCACGAACUGCAUCCUCUUUUCAUUAUUUUAUCGGUGGGGAGCGUGACGAGCAAUUAUGGACGGCAAGCUCGAAGAAACCUCGCCGCGUAAUGAUGCUACUGAUCGGAGAAAGUCUUCACUCGAAAACGCAAAGCAAUUAGUGCGGAAGGGCUCAGCACAAUUGCUGCACAUGAUUGAUACGGCCAAGCCAUCACCAACAGAAAUGGACUUAGAUCUUGAUGCUUUCUACUAUUCUCGAUUGCGACGUCGUACACAAUUUGCCCAGCAGAUCACGAGUACUUUAAUGGCCGCAGGAGUUCCUACUGAUGCCGCUGCCGCCGGCGCAGCGGAGGCUUCGAGUCCUAGUAAAAAACGUGGUAUCGGCAUGACCCUUUCACCUGGAGAAGAGUACGAAAACUACCAAAAAGUGCAAGCUACAAUGCUAGGAGAUGAUGGUUUAUAUAUUACGGAAGAUGGCAUGGACGUGGUGCAUCAAGAGGAAGAAGAAGACGAUGAAGAAGAGGAGAAGAACUCGUCUCCAACUGAAAAAGUACUGCCACAAAAGGACGAUGCGACUGAACGUGAAGAACUGCGAAAAGCUGCCGGGAUCACGAUAAAGAAGAAGGCCCCAUCGCCACAGCAUGCAGCGCCUCACACCGACCGCACAAUCCGUGGUAAGGAAGAUCUCGGACGUCCAACACCUCGAAUGAUAGACCCUCUUGGUCGCUUUCGGCUCUUUUGGGACCUUACGAGCAUCAGCUUUAUAUUCUACAACGCUCUUGUAUUACCGUUUAAGGCAACUUUUGCUGUGGAGGCCAAGGACAAUCCCUUCGAGACAGUGCUAGAUGUAUUUUUUCUUAUCGACAUUAUCUUGACGUUUAAUACGGCUGUCGAGAAAGAUGGCUCCAUUCGAUACAAUCGUCGACUGGUAGCAGAGACAUACCUCAAGACGUGGUUUGCUAUUGAUCUAAUCGCUGCUCUGCCCUACGGCUACAUCUUCACUGAAGAUGGCCACUACAGUGCGACUCUGAGGAAAUCAGUCAAAUUGCUGCGACUCAUUCGACUACUUCGACUACUCCGCAUUUCGCGCAUUCUACGACGCAUUCAGAACGCUGUUUUCAUUCGAUCUACUCUCAGUUCACUCAUGAAAUAUUGCCUCAUGGUCAUCUUUAUCAACCACUGGUUCAGCUGUAUCUUUCAUGCUAUCGGAUCAUCAGACAUCGAGGAGAGCUGGAUCAGAGCCCAAGGUCUAGAAGAGCCAAACGCUAACAAGUGGGAUCGCUACGUCGCUGCGCUAUAUUUCUCAGUCCAGACACUAUCUACGAUCGGAUUCGGCGACGUGGCCUCACAGAGCGCACACGAGCGCCUGUUUUGUGUGUUUGCAAUGAUUGUCGGCGGAGGCAUUUUCGCCUACGGAAUUACCAAUAUUGUAGAGCUCGUAUCAAGCCUAACGAUUCAAGAAACCGUUUUUCGACAAAAGCUGGAUGAGGUGAAUGAGUAUAUGACUGCACGUGAGCUGCCGGUAAAGCUUCGCAUGGAGAUUCGAGAGUUCUACCAUAACACACGACAAUCCCGCGAGAGUAAACUGAACUCUGAACAGCAGAUUCUGAACGAUCUAUCAUCAAAAUUACGUUCAAAAAUCGCGUUGAGUAUCAACGACCAAUUUUUGCGAAAGUUCCCAUUUUUCACUGGCAGUGAACCAAAUUUUCUUAUGGAGCUCGCACUAAACAUGCGCGUAAUCCAUUUCGCUCCACUCGAAGACGCAAUUAUCGAGGGGGAAAUUGGUCACGAAAUGUUCUUCAUCUUCCGUGGUGCUGUGGAAGUUGUCAAGAAGAACGUGCGCAUUGGAAUCCUGGGCGAGAAUCAAUACUUUGGCGAGAUGGCCAUCUUGAGUCCCGAUAACCGCAGAACAGCAACUGUGCGGACACUGUGCUUCUGUGAGCUACGAAUGCUCUCACGCGCUCGAUUUCUUGAGGCCUUGGCCCUGUUUCCAGCGAUGCAGUCGAAGAUGGCGCAGAUCGCACAGGGUCGUGCUGCAGCUGUGGAUUUUGAUCCAAGCAAUGAAAAGCAGAAGAAAAAGUCCAUUGGGAACAACCUCAUGGCUGCCGCAGCAGCGUUCUCCUUGUCGUCGCCAACACUGAAGCCGGAGCAAAAUUCCUUCAAAGCUGCAAAACCGCCGACUGCAAACGGGAGUGCAGUAGCACCGAUGCCGACUGCUGCCCCGAAAUCCCCCACAUUUGCUCGCCAUUUAUCGGCUGCGCGGUUGCCCUUGGAGCAACGGCCUUCAGAACGACUCACAACCCAUAUCCGCGCACCAACCUCGGUUCGUAUUAACAGCAACGUGCGUCGAAGUUCUGGCAACACUGGAUCGGUUGGAAUCAGCCCCGUCAUGUCGAUCAUGAUCGGUGAAAUCACUUCUCUGCUCGAAGAAGCCACUCGUCGACAGGAUCUUCUCAUGACUCAAGUGUGUAAGCUGAAGGAGGACGUAGACAGGAUACGCAUGCCUGUCAUGGACAUGGAUGAACGGAAAAACACGAGCAAAAGACCUAUCUGACAUUUUUAAGAGCAAGAACAAGUGAGCAAAACUGGUAUCGCUUGAUAUCUACAAUGGCGCUCGGAUUGCUGCUUCUUCCUGUUGCAGAGGUACAAUGAACGUCUCUAGAUCUGUCUUAUCAGCAUCUUUGGACAAGGUUAAUCCGCGUUUGCGCUCGAUCUGCUCUUGAAGUUGGUCGUAGUGUUCAAAAUCGUCCCAAGCGCUUGAGCGGCUAUCGAACUCGGUGAAAAUGGACAGAAAUUCAUUGGCCUAAGCAGGAACACGACUCAAUUACCAGCUCAACUCGCGUCAAUGUACCCAAAAAUCCAGCUCACCUCUUCAAACAGCACCUCUUCACAGUCUCGACACGACGUAAUGGACUUCUUUGUAGGCGUGUUGCUCAUUUUAACACUAGUGAAGACGUAAUUGGGCACAUCUUUGACCAGCAGCCACUCGACAUGGAAGAAUCCCUCGUACUUGAGUUUCUCCCAUAGCUGGAAUUGCACAUCCGUCCGCACUCCCGAUGUCAUACGGGCCACUCCAUUAAAGUGUUUGGUGCCACAUACACUGUCAACAGGUCAGUUAAAAAAAAAAACUAAUGACCUGAUAAAAAAUAAGUUAUUAACCUGAAGAAGAAUAAAACUGGCCUCACUGCA